AUGAUAUUGGAUUAUAGUUAUACAGGGAUAGAAGGAAAUGUAAUGGCCGAAAAUGGAAGCUCUGGUUCUGAGGUGGCGAAAGAGGACCUGAGGACGGUCGGCGUGGAUAGGCAGUCCAGAAGAGGUUCGAAUGGAUUGAUUCUGUGCAAGCUCUCGGAUAAAAUCAAGAAGGUUGAGCAUGCUAUGCUCAAGGACGGCACAACUCGGCAAAGAUUUGAGGAAUCGCAUCAGGCGAUAAUAUCAGGCCGCCGAUUAAGCCAAGUAAGUGAAGAAGGCAGCGAGAAAAUUCUAAAAGAAGAUAAGCUCGAGAAAAGGCGUAACCUCCGAAAAGUCAGUGAAUUGAAUCUACUGACUUCUUCUUCUUUCCCAGAAAAAAAAGGUAUUACCAGAACCAGAGAAAAAUUAGAGAAUUAA